AUGAAAGAUAUUCCUAGCGACCUUGAACAGUUGAUGAACGACGUAGACUCCGAUGGCUCAGGUGAAGAUGUGUGCUGGGCAGCGUUUCGAGUUUUUGACUUGGACGGAAACGGCCGAAUCUCCGCUCAGGACCUAGCGCAUGUCCUAUUGAACACAGACGUACAGUCCGUAUUCCCAUCGCCUGCCUCCGUUGGCAACGGGAACUCUGCCCCGCACUCAGCAACUCCAGUGGGAGAUGACGCUCAGCGGGAAGGCCACAAAGGACUAGCACACAACCUAUCGCCCCAAGAGAAACAGCAUCAAAUGCAGCAGAUCAAGAGCAUUAUUCGUGAAGUGGACCGCAAUGGAGAUGGAGAGAUAGACUUCGACGAGUUCAUGGAUAUGAUGCGCCGGAGUACCAUGUAA